CACUCACGGAAGCCAUACAAACACUUUGCCUCCGGCCGGCCGCCAGCGCCAGGUUAUUUCCGGCUUGUUGCCCAGUUCCAGCAGGCCCAAGGGCAAGAAACCCGGCAACAAUGCCUCACCACGGCGCGCUCGCCGACGAGGAGGCCCCGUCGCCGCGGCCCUCCGCCGCCGGCUGCUACACCUUCCUCCGCUCCGCCGCCUCCCGCCGCGGCCACGGCGGCGGGUACCGGCGCCUCGAGUCGGCGUCCAUCGUCGACGUCGUGAGGGUGGAGGUCGGCACGACGGCGAAGGCGAGGAGCGUGUUCCACGUGGACCCGGCGGUGCUGGAGGCCGAGCCAGUGCGAAGGUUGGUGGCCGCGGCGGGGCGGCGCACGGCGGCUGGCGCGGUGGCCGUGGCCGUGGACGCGCUGCUGUUCGAGCACCUGCUCUGGCUGGCCGCCACCGACGGCUCGGCCGCCGACGACCUGUCGGAGAUCGUCGAGUUCUACUCGGAGGAGGACGACGACGAAGAGGACCACCGUCACGAUGGCCACGGGUUCAAGCUCAAGCGCUAGCUAGUCAAGCUUGUUCAAAGCUAUAAACUUGAUCCGUUUACUGGUGAUGAUUCUCAUCGUAACGUAUUACGCGCGUACUCCGUACACCAUAGCAUGUACCGCUACUCCGCGUAGUAAUUCGAUCAUCCACUGGUACACUAAUUAAGCUGCUAGCUAGGGAUGCAUGAUCCACACAUGUGUCUGUGGAUGAGUGGAUCGAUUCAACUGGAUCAUGCAGGUUCAUAGCGCGAACAACCGUGGAACACGGUUAAUUACUUUAUGUAAUGUAUGUAAGCUUAUUAUGAGGUUUUAUAAAUAAUCUGAUGAUGGAAGAAA